GACAGAUAAGCCGUCAGUUGUCUGCUGUAAAUCGUCCAGAACCGUUGCCAGCGGAUACUUUUCUUCCACCGUUUUCCAGUUCCAUUGUUCCAAGCAACUGAAAGCUACGAUUUCGGAAGUAAAAAAACUCAAAUCGUUUGAAUUCGUUUGAUCUUGUUAAUUCGCAUUCCACAUCGGCUCAUCGCUUAGCUGAUUGCUUCAUCGGAUAGCACGCGUGAGACACGACGAAACCUCGAACCAUUUCCACCACCCACGCAAAAUUUUCCACUCUUCUUUUCAACGAGCCAGUGAAAUGUUUUCUCCGUUUGUGAAGGUGAAAACCCAUUUUGGGUGGAUUUUGGCGGGUUUUUUAUUGCCCAUACUGCGUGGUGGUGAAAGCAUCAACCCACUCGAGUUGAGCCCGAGCGCCCGGAUCGUGGGUGGUUUUUCUGCCAGUCCUGGCCAGUUCCCGUACCAGGUGGCGCUGCUCCGGGCAAGGCAAAUUUCCUGCGGCGGAUCACUGAUUGCCAGCAACUGGGUUCUGACGGCGGCUCAUUGUGUGCACAACAGUGACAAUCGAGUCAUUUCCCCAUCGCAAAUCACGGUCGUGGCCGGAACGGUCAACAUUGGCCAAGGGGGAGUCACACGUGGCGUGCAGCGUAUCAUUCCCCACGAAAGAUACGCCAAAUCGCGCAACGAUAUUGCCCUGUUAAAGCUGCUCCAACCGUACCCGUUGGGUGGACUAAUUCAGGUGAUUGCCCUGGCCAGGUCCUCCAACUUGCCACCACCUUCGCCCGUCGGCACCAGGGAUGUAAUCAUUUCCGGGUGGGGUCGACUGUCCGCAAACGGUCCACUUCCGAGUAUCCUCCAGUACAACCGAGCCACGGCCCUGACCUCCAUCCAAUGCUUCCGGCAGUCCGGCUUCAACCGCGGACUUCUCUGCCUUCAAUCUCCUGCCAACAACGGUGCCUGCUUCGGAGACUCCGGCGGACCUGCAGUUUACAAACAGCAAUUGGUGGGAGUGGCCAGCUUUAUUAUCGGCACUUGCGGUUCCAGGGCACCCGACGGAUACGUUAAAGUUUCGGAUUACAUACCGUGGAUCAGGUGGACGAUUGGUCAGAACGGGAAUUGAAUAUUUAUUAUUAUUUGAACUGUGAAAUGGCUCAAUCAACAUUUAAUUUAUAUUUUGCCAAAAAUGUUAGUAAUGAAAAUUUAAAAAGGAAAUACUUCAAUAUCAAAAGAAAUAAACUAAAUUUAUUACUUCUGAGAAUGGUGACACAUUGUGUGUGAAAUU